GUAUCAAACGCCAUUGCAGCCCUUUGGCAGUAGUCUCUGAUCGUGCCCUCCGAGCCCAUCCAACACGACCUUGGCAUUGGGGCCAGGCCAAUACGCCAAACGACAAACGAUACACCAUUUCGCGCCAUUGGCAAGACAAGUGCCCCGACGUCACACAGCCGAAGCGCUCGUGGCGUGUACCACAAGACAAGUCUAGGGCCGCAGGGGGAUAUACUGGAUGGUAUCCCAUCACCGCGGCUACCUGCAUCGCUGUCGCUUGUCAACAGCAUUGUGAUUAAAGCUGCACGAUCUCGACCAAUGUGUUUGCUAUAGCUCGACCACACACAAAUCAUCACCAUGUCGACGAGGGAAUUGGGGUUUCUGCCGACAAUCAAAUGUUCGCAAUGCGGUUCGCAAGUGGAGAUUUCGAUGAUGGGGGAGCACACCUGUAGUGGCGACAGCGAGACGUCGCAAUUAUCACCACCGCUGGAAGCAGACGAGUCCUUCGAAAAGCAACCGACCUCCCAGCCCAGGCUUCCGCGUAAGCCUGUGGCAGUGGACACGGGCGCUGCGAAUCGUCCUUUCAUGCGCCAUGACCCUUUAACACCCAUCAGCCAUCACAGUGAUUCUCCGCGAACACCCUAUAGCGGCUUGCCGUCGAGCAGGUCCACGGAAUACUUCGCCAAUGCCACCGGCGCAUCUCCCGAAAGCACCCGCCGGCCCAGUGGUCAUGGUGGCCUGGGCGAUGGUUCAAGCUAUACAACAGACCCCAUGCCGAGUCCUGGUGCCAGUGUACUCCAGAGGAUGGAGAACCUCGUGCCAGGGCCGUUUGAUCAUCGUGCAACUGAGGUCGUCUCACCAUUGCGCAAAGGCUCACUUACACCGAGUGCGACGUUCCCAGGCGACCGACCUGGCACCGCGAAUUCUCACCUCUCCGCCGCCAGUGGCGAGAAUCUCGCUGCGCCUAACGUUAGGCCUCACAAAGCCACAUACGAUGGGUUUGGGCCUCCAUCUAGGGCAGAGCCAGGGCCCGAGCAGGACACACCCGCUCUGGGCUAUCUCAAUCGCUCAGAAACGUUCCCACGGCCUUCUUACGUAGCAGGGCCACCGGCGCGAACGCCUUCAGCCCCCGGGGCGCGGAGAGAGAGCUCGAGGCAAUCGGCAAUGGACAGCACACGCAUACCAUCCAUGGGUCCCGAUACAUCGCGGCGACCUCCUCCGCGCAAGAGUCUCAUUCCUUCUGCACACAAAAACGCCGGAUCCGUGGAUUUGGCGAAAGAGUUUGGUGUCAGCAACCCAUAUCAUACUCCGUCGGAUUCGGCCUCUUCAGGCUACUCUGGCUUUAGCCAGCCGAGCCAUCCCAGUUCACAAACAAGCCCUGCAAGGUCGCCGUCCCGAAGGCAGCCAUCUCACGACUCGCGCAUCGAGAAGGAGGUAGAGACUGGCAUGGAGAGCUUACGACUCAACGACGCACACGCCAAUCCCCAUUCGAUGCCACGAACACCAUCGCCUCUAGCUGCGUCACCUGCGGCCGUGUCGCCGGCUACCUCCCCCAGGGGCUAUGGCGCUCGGCGCUCAGCGAUUGAGACGGCCUCCCCGACGCGUGGUGACUCUCUUCCUCGUCCUAGCCUGACACCUCAGGCUCCUCAAGUUGUGCGCAGAGGCACGGGCGACAUAUCUUCCCGUGGCGACUGCAAAGGAUGCAGUCAACCGAUUGUUGGCAAGAGCAUCUCUUCCGCCGAUGGUCGCCUCACAGGCAGAUAUCACAAGGCUUGUUUCGUCUGCUCGACGUGUGCAGAGCCAUUUUCUUCUGCCGAGUUCUAUGUCUUGAACGACAAGCCCUACUGCGAGCAGCACUAUCACAAGCUCAACGGCAGCCUGUGCGGUGGAUGUGGCCGGGGCAUUGAGGGCAAAUUCGUGGCAGACGAGGCCAGCGUCAAGUACCACCUCCGCUGCUUCUGCUGCGCUGACUGCGGGCACGGUCUUACCGACGGCUAUUUUGAAGUAGACGGCCGUGCGUACUGUGAGCAGGACGCCUGGAACAGGGUGAACAGCGUCCCUGCGCCGACCCCGUGGAACGGACCCGGCAACUACCGUCCUUACCAGCCGGACCCGUACGCAUAUCGCCAGGGCCCUCCUCAACCUCAGCAGCAACAGCAGCAGCAAAUGAGGGGCCCUCCGCAAGGCCGUGGACAAAUGCCUCCUCGACCGCCUCAAGGGAUGGGUCUCCCCGGACGUCCAGGUCCCGGACAAGGUGGUCCCCGCCCUCGAGGCUCCGGGCCCGGGCUGGGAGCAGCAAUGCCCCGUCCUGGAUACGGGCCUCCAGGAGGAAGGCGGCCGAGCCAGAAUCCAGUGCCAGGGCUGCCUCAUCCCAAGGCAGGUGGUUUGGCACCACCGAGGCCACUGAUGAACAAGCGCAGUACGCGCCUGGGCAUGAUGUGAGCACAGAUAAUAUGCGAUUAUGCUGUGCGACGCUAUGCACGCGACUCACUCGUUGGUUGUUUUUCUCAUUUCUGAUGGAGCCAUGUUCUUUUUAUUAUACCCGUGCCCGGCUGCUGGCCUUUGCCAGCCUGGUGCAUAU